AUGGCCUACUGUACUUCCCCCACCAGAGCAGCAACAGUCAGAGAUUUGGACGAUUUUCAAAAUAACCAGCAUACUUUCUCCCGGUUACAAUUACUUCCUUCUUUCACCGGAAGCCCGAUUACUCGUUUUGACUCUUGGUUAGAAUCAUUUGAAAGUAUAGUAGAUGGGUCGGGAUGGUCAGAAGAAAAAACGAUUCAGAUGUUACGUGCUAAAUUAACGGACAGAGCUUUUUCCGUCAUUCAGGCAAUUUUAAAGGAACAUCCGCAUGAUUAUGAGUCAAUUAAAGAAGCAUUGCUUGACCAUUUUCAUGGCGAUGAAAAUGUUGAUUUAUAUCUUCAAAAGUUUAACAAAGCCAAACGUAAGCCAGGUGAAAAAGUUGUCGAUUACGCGCUACGUAUACAGGAAAUUUUUAAACGCGCGUAUCCCGUAGGUCAUUCCGAAAAAUCGUUUGCAGUUAUUCUCAUGCAAAAAUUUAUUGAGGGAUUAGACUCCAAAUUGCAGACAAAAGUCAAAUAUAAGGAAUUUAAAGAUUUUAACGAACUGGUUGCAGCAACACGGGUGUAUGCCCUCAGACUAGAAGCGUUGGAAACCGAUCGCGAAAAACAGGAGUUUAUUCGAUCCAUAGACGGGUCACAAGACACCAGCAGUGCAGAGCAGAUUGUCGCCGUUAUCAACGUCAAGGACUAG